GCCUUCAUAGAGGCUUUGUGCACCACACCGCGUGACCAAGCGCUCGCGGUGCUUGGAGAGCUCUUGCGAAACCGCCCCACACUGGCUCCGGCCAUUGUGGGCUUUGCUUGUCCUGACUUGACAUAUGCACCAGCGCGGGGAAUCUCCGAAAAGCGAGCCAUGGGCACUUUAAAGUCCUUCUCGCAGAAGACGGGCUUCGGCUUCAUAGCCUGUCCAGAACUUCACGAGGCCCAACAUAGGUUGCACUCUUGGUUUUGCCCAGCGCAGAGACCCGACAAUUGACGGAACAACAUUGACUUCCUUGAGGACGGGGGUGUGAUAUUCAACUUGGAGGGAAGCUUAAAGUCCAACACUCUUAAUUUUUGCAGGCCCCACUGGCACAUUGUAAUUGUAGGUGUUGUGAGCAAUGAACAGUUAUGGUGUUUUCGUUUCGAACGGUGGGUAAAUCACAGGCUCAGACCACAUGCGAAGGAAGACACUGAUCUUCAGGUGUUUGGUGCUGACGUCUUUGUGCAGGGAACCCAACAUGGGAUGCGAGAAGGAGUUUUGUAGGCAGAAUUCAUUCAAGCAAAGGACGUGCUACUUGCACAAAGCAGAGUGCGAGUGGGGACUAGGCUGAUGCUCAUGCCAGGUCAAUAGGUCAAUAGGCAAAUUGCAGGAAUGCAUGAAAUAAGUUUGCGCCCCAUUAUAUAAGUUAAGUGGCCAGCUUUAUUGCAGGUUUUCUUUUUGGUAGGAAAGUAUUCGCGAGUAGAAAGGUGUUUGUGAUCAAACCAAAUCCCUGUGUGACCUUUAUGUGCCUGGCAGUUUUCGAGAAGUCUUGGAGCAAGUGGCAAGAAGCACACAUAUAUAAUGGAAG